AUGUUAACCAGUGAUUCUGUCAAGAGAAAUCAUCUUAGUGCUUCACAGUCUGAGUACCCUUCAGGGAUGAAGUUAGCAGAUUCCGCUAAUCUGGGGCAAGUAAGUCGAGAGUCGAUCUCUCUAAGCUCAGCCAAAUCUGGGGCAUUCCCUCAAAGCUGUCAAUCAGAGCCUAUCACGUCGAUAAAUCUCUUCAAGUUGCCAUCAAUUAGGGGCUAUCACAUUGAGGAAUCUAUUCAAAAUUCAUGGAAUAUGGGGGCAGUUACGUCGAGAUUCAGCAAAUCUCUCCAAGAAAGCUGUAAUCAAGAUGCUGUAAUAGAGAAGAUUGAACGACUUUACAUGGGUAAGGAUAGUGACGAUGAGGAUCUACCUGUUGUUCAUGAUGAUCAAUAUGAUACAGAAGACUCUUUCAUUGAUGACGCUGAACUGGAUGAAUAUUUUGAGGUUGACGAUUCUGUAAUCAAACAUGACGGUUUCUUCAUAAAUAGGGGGAAAUUGGAAUGCAUAAAUGAACCUCCGGCAUUACCUAAUCAGCCAGCAAAGAAAAGGUGCCGAAAAGAUAUAUUGAAGAAUCCAGGUGAAAACAUUGAUGGACGUGUAUCAAAUAAGCAUGUAAAAGUGGGCAAGACAGCUGCAGGAAAGACUGCGCCAUUACCUGUGAAGAAUACACUUAAUUCCUCACAGAAUUUGGCUGUACCUGGUGAACAUUAUGAAGACUUGAAAUCUCAAAAUCAAUCGGAGGUCUCCAUAACUACUUUGAAAAAGGAACCGGCUGAUAUUAUACCAAUUUCAGAUCCUUCUUCCUCUUUGAAAUUAUCAAAUAGUGAUGUCUCUUCUGUGGUAGAAGCCAAGGAUGCUGAUAAGAAGAAGACAAUACUUCAAUCUAAGAACAAAGUGGAUAAAUAUAAAGAUGCAAGCGGACCGCCACCAAGCUUCGCCACGAUUUCAUGGGUUUUCAAUCAGGUUCUAUUCCUUUUUUUUUCCAUUGAGAAACAAGCAGCUUACAUGUUUUUUUUAAAUAUUGAGGAAUAUGUAUGA